UAAACUGAUAUACCUAUGCUCUCUAGAAUAUAUAUUCCGAGGUGCCUCCCUGUGACGACUAUUAACAAGUCUGCUCAGUGUGUGUGUGUGUGUGUCCUUGUGUGUGUGCUUUACAUUCUCUGCUCUGUGAGGAGAGGCACACAGUCCAUCUGUACUAAGAACAGCGGUGCUUCUACGAUCACAGAUUUCAUGCAGAUGGAUAUUUCAGCUUCAACUCGUGGUAUCACCAUCCUGCUUAUUUUCUGUCUUUGUGGCUCCAUUAAUGCCUAUCCAAAUGGAAAAGUUGAGGCAGCAUGCUCUACAAUGAUACCUGAACAUGGAGCUUCCGCUCAGACCUCCACAGGCCCCUACAGUUUGACUGUUUCUAAAACCACUUACAGUGCCGGAGAACAAAUCACAGUCUCUCUAAGUGGAAGUUCCAAAUUUGAAGGUUUCCUGAUUCAAGCCCGCUCGGGCAACUCAGCAACCCCUCUGGGCUCCUUUGCGGUCGCAGACAACAGUGCACAGACCCUCACAUGUACCUCUGCUAACAGUGCAGUGAGCCAAACAUCUUCUGCCUCUAAAUCAAAUGUACAGUUGAAAUGGAUGGCUCCAUCAAGCGGCAACUCAGACAUACAAAUUAGGGCCACCGUGGUGCAGACAGAGAAGGUCUUCUGGACUAAUGUUGCAAGUUGUACGAUUACCUACAAUUCCACAUCAACAAGUGGAUCUGGUACAAGUUGCACUAGUGCUUCAAAUAAUUCUUUCAGAAUAUCAGUUUCCUUCCUAUUUGUGAUGAUCCUGGCUAUGGCAAUUAUGUGGCUCUAAAGGCAGUGUUCUCCGUGUCAGCCUGUCUUAAUAGAUCAGAUGGGAAGUUUUGCAAUUAAAUACAAACAUUUCAGCAAUGGAAACGUAAAUGCAGUUGUGAAACCACUUUUUAUAUCAUUUUAAAUGUGCUGUAUAUGGUUCAGCUUCCAAACAAACUUGGGCUAAAAAUACUGUAAUCCUUUGUAUCCGUGUCUAGGAAUAUAUACUAAAUUCAAUAAUUUGGUGCAGGGUUCCCCUUAAUAUCCAUACCAGACCUGAAAUUUCGAAAUUCUCAAAUGUUGGAACAGCUUCACAGACACGCUUCAAAUUUUUUUCACACCCUCUUUUUAGCCAUUGUUAGAGAAGCCAAGCCCAUACAGGUAAUAUACCAAGCAUCUGUUGAUAAUGUUGUCUAAGUAAGAGAUUUUGAAACAUCAUCUUGUCACUCUAUAACAGGGUGACAGUACAAAGGUGCUAAACACUCCCCAAAUUGCUUUUGGAGUACUAUUAAAUCCAAUAAAAAAGAUGGUAUGUCACCUCCUUACAGUGGCUAGAUUUUCUGUUCCCUGACAUUGGUAAUCUCAAUAAUUGCCAAAUGGGUGGUUGAAAUAGAUGCACGAUAGUGUCUAACUGCUUCGAACAAUUUACCUUUUUUUGAGCCAUGUUUAGACAUUCCCAAGUGUUCCAAGACGCUCUAUCCAAAUACUUUAGCUACCUCACUUGAAACAUGGCCAUGGCAAAGGUGGGAGGGAAAACAACCCCCACUUUCUUAUUUUACCCCCUUCAACCUCCCCCUUUCCCCUACCAACAACAAAGUGUUGUCCCAUCCCUGCUGUCUGAGAGCUGAUCUAUUCU